CUCGGUCAAAGACGCGCGUGUUGUUGAGCGUAGCAUAACAUUUAAAAAUCAACGUGAACGUAAUACUCAAGGUAAACAAAAUGUCGGAGCCGGCGCCUCUUUCAAAGACGGCGAAGUACAAGAAGAUAACGAAGCCUCUUCUCGAGAGAAAAAGGCGCGCGCGGAUCAAUCGGUGCUUAGAUGAGCUGAAGGAUUUAAUGGUCGGCGCUUUAGAGAUCGAUGACGACAACCUGAGCAAGUUGGAAAAGGCAGAUAUCCUUGAGUUAACUGUUAAUCACCUUACAAAGUUGCACAGACCUAAAGAUCCCGUUAUAGAAGCUAAGAAGUUUCAAGCGGGAUUUGGACAAUGCGCUGCCGAAGCAUGCAGGUUUAUAAUGUCCGUUCCCGAAUUGGAUUCCAAAGUUAGUCAAAACUUAGUAGGACAUUUAUCCAGACUGAUUACAUCGCAACCUCUGACUAUUCAAGUGCCAGAAAGACCAACUUUUUCGCCUCCCAUUUCGCCCUCUUCAGUUGUCUCUGACCGGCAUCAUUAUUAUAGCGACCACGAUAGAUCUUCAUCUGAUGCCGAAGAUUCAGUUUACUCUGCGGAUAGUGCAUCCAAACAGUGGUCGUUCUCGCGGUCAAACAAUAAACAAAGCGUUCCUAUUGCUGGUCUACUAACAACAGUCGACAAAUUGGCUCCUCAUCAUACUGAACACAAUACUAUAAAUGGCCAUCGGAAUGGUGCUUACUUUAACAAAGUUCCAGUUGAAGCUAAAGAUAUUAUAUUACAGAAAAUCAGACAACACAUAAUGGACAAACGUGGUCAUGAAAAUAUUGGAAACAUUGACGUAAAUGCUAACGCUGAAGUACUUACGGAACAGCGAUACAUUCGUGAUGAAAUUUACAGAGACGACACGUUUUACCCUCCACAGAGUUAUCCCAGCAGCAACGAUACUUUAGAUCUUAGAAAAGUUCGCUCACCAGCAAAAUCAGUCAACGUAACGCAUUCGCCAAAAGAGCAAAUUGAGUACAAAACUGUCAAAGAAGUAGAAGCAUCACCUGUCGAAAGAAAAUUGCCAAAUCUUCCGGAACAGUGCGAAUUGCCAAUGGAUUACAACAACUUGCCGCCUAAAAAGAAAAGAAAAUUAAUCGAGUACCAGGAGUUUAAAAAACAAGAGGAGGCAAGACGGCAGCUCGACGCUUUUUAUGCUGAGAAAAAAGAUCGCCUUGUCGAGGGCCCACCGGCAGACCAUGAUAUGGACGCAAAUAAGUGGCGCCCUUGGUAAUAACAACUAGUUUACAACAAACGUAUGGUGUCGCAAAAAAAACUAAGAAACUGAAAUUCAUCAUACUUACCAUUUGAAGACUGAAGUCCGUAUUUAGUACUAACAUUAUCCAUUGUACGUUAAACCAUCCGCAAAUAUUUUAUGAACAUUUAAAAUGGUUUUUUAAUUCGUAUUGUGCAAGUUAAACUAAUUCUUAAGUUGGUACUAAUAAUUUAGGAGCCAUUCUAAAUAUUGUAAUUUUAGAUGAAGCAUUGAAUUGAUAAUUCAAGCUAAGCGAUAAAAAAUAACACUGUUUUGAUACUUAAAGAAAAUAAAGUUGACAAGACAAUGCAUUGAUAUACGCGAUUUCACUUUUACAUUGUGAUAUUAAUUCUUCCAUGACAAAGCUUUAAUUCGUUGUAAUUGUUAUAUAGAUUAGUUGUAAGUGAACAGAUGUGCCUUAUUUAAGAAAAAAUAAUUUAGAUAGUGUUAUAGUUAAACCUAUGUACUUAACGUUAAUUAGGUUUAGGAUUUUCACAUGAUCAUGUGCCAUGUAUUUUGAUCUCUGUCUUCCCAGUAUAAUCGAAAUCGUUUUUUUAAUG